UUGCGUCGUCACCCCGCCGCAUUGCUGUCUGUUUGGAAAUAAUUUAAAAGAGACGAUGGAGCGCGAAGCAGACCGACGCCUCAUCGCCCUGGUGAAGAAAUUCCCCGCGCUGUACGACGUGGAAGACGCACAGUACCAGGACACCGUGUGGAAAAUGAUCGUUUGGCGAAAGAUUGCGGGGGAAAUGGACAUGGAUGCAAAGUUGUGCCGCAGCCGCUGGUUCAACAUGCGCGACAUCUACCGCAAGUCAAUCAUACGCAACCACAUGAAGCGCCGCCUGGGGCAGAACGUGCGCGUCUACAAGUACGCCAGAGACAUGGACUUCCUCAAGAAGUACUUCAGCAAUCUGGCGCCCGCGCAGGAACCAGAUCCACUGUUUGAAGACGGCGACCAAGAAGAGGAUGGAGAUGACAACAGCUUCCCUUUCUCCGAGUCUUCUAAGGCAGACGCGGUGGACUCCAGCGAGGUGCAGGUGAGGGCCGCUAAGCUGGAGCGGCCUAGCUCGCCCGAACCGUUCGUGCAGUUAGACCUGACGCCUCGAGCACAAGAGCGGUUCACUCAUCCAGUAGAUGCCUUUCUGGCUUGCAUCGAACCCACACUGAAGGCACUGCCACCGUACUACCUCAGCCUGGCCAAGGGUGAGAUCUUCGCCACCGUACAGAAGUAUGAACUGCGGAUGUAUGGGCCAAACGGUGCGCAGGAGGCUGCUUUACACGGAAUGAAUAACUCGCAGUUGCUGGACAAGAAAUGAUGGGGAAGAUUUGGAAUACGAAUGGAUCAAUUAUCAAAUAGUGUAUAAAGUCGAUAGAUACGCUAUGUUAGCAGGGAACGGAGAAUUCUUUUUUCUGAACAGAGGAUUGACAACGAGUAAUGAUGCUAGUAUAAUGAUCGUCAACACUAUUGGUUAACUUAUGAAAAACUUCCUAUUUUGUGAUUAAAUCCAAAUGACAAAAAAGGUUUAAGAAAGAAAAUUAAUUAUUUGGCGCAUACAGUGACUAGUUACAAACAUAUAAUAUUUUCACCAUCUAAGUUAUGAUGACAUAAGACUCAAAAACGAUGUAUAGAAUGAAAUAAAAAAUGUAUUCCACAGUAAUAUUCUGUUACAUUCUGUUCUGGUGAAAUACUUAUUAUUUUUAUUACAUACCUAUUGUGUACCCAGGACCUUACAACAAUUUAGCAAUGGAACACUUAGGUCAACCACAACACCUACAUGUUUUUGCCAAUAAAAGAGGUGGGA